UAGAGUUAAUAGACAUGAUCUCUGCCCUGAAGGAUCUUACAAUCCAGAGGAAACAUUACCUUCCUUAUCUUUGCAAAGAGAAAGUUAUUAAGUACUUGAACUCUGGUCAGGGCUCAGUGAAAGGAGCAAAGGUUUAUUAACCACAACUUGGCGAAAAUGGAGAGGAGCUUGAUGACCGUCUUCUUGCUUUGCGCUGCGGGAGGCUCCCUCCAGAAUCCCCCCGGAGCAGGAGUUGACCUGAAACUGGACCAGGCUCUGCUCACGUUACACAACCACCUCCCAGAAGAAGUCCACCUCCAGCAUGUCUCAGACUGGUGUUACAAGUGCCUCCACCAGCCGCUUCUUUCGGUGAAGUCCGGCUCCUCCGCUGACCCCACCGACGCCAGCGUGCCCGUCAGCACCCGCUCGGCCCUCACCUUCACCUUAUUCGUGGGAAAAACCGACGUCUGCAGGUGGAGGGAGACCUACGGAGAACACGGCUGGUACUCGGUCUCUGUUAGGCCAGGCACCCCAGGAAUGAACACCAGUGGAGUCUCCUGUACCCACCAAAUAGACAGAGCGCCUGAGAACAGCUACAUCCCUCUCCUGAUAGUAUCGACUGUCCUAAUUGCGGCUUUUCUGCUUUAUUUCCUGGGAACGUACGUGUCCAAGCUUCGCUGUACCCAGAACCAUCGCCAUCUGCUCCACAGCAAAUGUUUUCCAGGGCUGUUUAAUCAUGCGAUUGAUUCAGAGUCCGAUAUAGAAGUUUCGGCAGAAAAGCCUAAGAAGAAAAGACUUCUUUCUCUGGACACAUUCAGAGGCUUGUCUCUGACCCUCAUGGUUUUUGUUAACUACGGCGGCGGCGGCUACUGGUUCUUCGAACAUGCUCCGUGGAACGGCCUUACUGUUGCUGACCUGGUCAUGCCGUGGUUUGUCUUCAUCCUUGGGACUUCUGUGGCCCUGGCCUUCUACGCCAUGCGCAGGAGAGGAGUGAACCGCGUGCAGCUCCUGCGGAAGCUGACCUGGAGGACGGCCGUCUUAAUGAUCAUCGGGCUCUUCUUUCUCAAUUACGGCCCCUUGGAUGGACCCUUGUCCUGGAGCUGGGCAAGGAUCCCAGGGGUCCUGCAGAGACUCGCCUUCACCUACUUCACCGUGGCUCUGAUGCAGACCUUCUUCAGUGUCAAAGACAUCCAGGAUGAACGGGUUGGCCGUUGGUGGGCUCCACUCAGGGACAUUCUUCUCUACUGGCCGGAGUGGCUCAUCGUUGCAGGCCUGGAGAUUCUGUGGCUCUGCCUGACCUUCCUAUUGCCAGUCCCUGGAUGCCCGAGAGGCUACCUGGGUCCUGGAGGGAUCGGAGAUGACGGGAAGUACCCCAACUGCACAGGUGGAGCUGCAGCUUAUAUCGAUAAGUGGCUUCUUGGAGAAAAUCACAUUUAUCACUAUCCAACUUGUAAGGAACUGUACAAGACGACAGAACCUUUCGAUCCCGAAGGUGUCUUGGGCACAAUUAACUCCGUGGUGAUGGCUUUCUUUGGGCUUCAGGCUGGAAAGAUUAUUCUAGCAUACCGGAUGAAGCCCCUGAGCAUCCUGAAGAGAUUUCUCAUCUGGGCCAUUCUGCUGGGGAUUAUCUCAACUGUCCUAACUCUCGGUACGGAGAACGAAGGAUUUAUUCCCAUCAAUAAAAACCUCUGGUCACUCUCCUUUGUCACCACCUUGAGCUGCUUUUCCUUCAUCCUGCUGGGCCUGAUGUACUACAUCAUUGACGUGAAGAGCUGGUGGGGGGGGCUGCCCUUCAUUUACCCAGGAAUGAACUCCAUCUUCGUCUAUGUCGGACACUCUCUCUUGGGGAGCUACUUCCCAUUCAACUGGGAAAUGAAAUCUCCAGCCUCGCACAUGGAGCCGUUAGCCCAGGAUGUUCUGGGGACUGCAAUUUGGGUCUCGGUUGCAUUCUCGCUCUUCAGAAAGAACUUCUUCCUGAAAAUAUGACCGCCGGGAUCCGCCGGAGGGGCCGACGAAGAAACUGCAGCCAUCUGCGGCCCGGCGGGGCUCCGGGGAGGGGAGGAGGAAAAGCAGAUUGGGUCAGUGGA